AUGGAAUUUCGCCCAAAUCCCUCUUCUCAGCAAUGCACGCUAGACUUUUUUUCCUGUCGGACGAAUGCACCCCUAGAACGUUUUGAGAAGCUCGAGGGCUUGCUUUCUAUGAUAGAUCUGCCUAAAGUUUAUCUUUCUGUGCUUGACCGAAGGGAGUCACUUGCACGUCAUUUACAUGUUCCUCUUCUUAGCACAUUUAUCGAAGAAAGGAUCAAUAAUAUCUUCACCCGAUCUAAUCCUUUGUCAUCUCAAGAAAGUGGAACAGGACACAGCGAGACUUUGAACUGGGUCGAUGUAGUCCGUGAGUUUGAUAUUGACGGAAAUCAGCCCAGUCGAGACGGGGUGCAUUCCUGCCUUCUCCGAGGGCGAUUGAUCGACAUACCCGAGGCUGACUAUGCAAAACUCAAAACUGGCAUUCUCCAGCAAAUGAUCGAGCCCCUGCCAAUCGCCGACGAUGUGAAGAAAGAGCUGGAAACCAUCACUAAUGUACUGGCCAAUGUGAAUCGUUGCUAUCGAGAAAUUUCAGAAGGUAGGGAAAGUCUUUGGGAUAGCUCUUUUGGCCAAAACAUGAAUAUGGUGUUAAUGAUUUGA